AACACUACCCUAUGCAAGUUGUGUCGUCGUGUUGUCUUAGCAAAAGGUGGAAACACGACCAACCUGUUCAAUCACUUAAAAAACAUACAUGUCCGUGAGUAUGAACAAUGCACCAGAAUGCGUGAGACAGUAAGCCCAGGAGCUCGCCCGAAGACAAGCCAGACUCGCACUCAACAAUCAAUUAUAUCAUCAUUUGCUGCCGGUACUUGCUAUGAGAAGACGAGCAAAAAAUGGAUAGACAUCACAGCUGCGAUUACAAAUCACAUAGCGAAGGACAUGGUACCGAUUCAAACUGUGGAGAAAGAGGGGUUCAGAAAGUUGAUUCAAACUCUGGACCCAAGAUAUGAGAUCCCGAGCCGCAAAUAUUUUAGCCAAAAAUGCCUGCCACAGCUUUACACAGAAUGCUGGGACAGAGUUUACAGUGAGAUAAAUAACAUUCCAUUCUUCUCCACUACUGCCGAUCUAUGGUCAAGUCGUACCACAGAACCUUAUAUAAGCCUCACAAUCCAUUACAUAGACGGUGACUGGAAACUGAAAAGUAAGUGCCUACAGACGUCUUAUUUCCCAGACGACCACACCGGGGAAAUAAUUGCAGGUGGGCUGAGGGACAUACUGUCGUCCUGGGGAUUAAAAGAGUCGCGUCAAGUUUGUAUGACGACCGACAGCGGAUCGAACAUGAUCAAGGCAUUGCAGCUGAACAAGUGGGCAAACCUUGGAUGUUUCGGACACAGGCUGCACAAUGCUAUUGGUAAGUUUCAGGACUGUAGCCUAGGCCUACCCUGUAUGAUGCUUAUUAUUAAGAAAAAAUACAGCUCACAUCAGCCAUGUACCGUAGGCUAAAUCUAAGCACAUCAGAUUUGUAAAAUGUGUAACAGUUGAAUGUAAAUGCCGUAAAUCCUCAAACAAAGAUUAAAAGUUAUAUUGUAUUGUGAUUUCUAUAUAAAAAUGCAUUAUUAUUAAUUAUUAUUGUAUUGUGAUUCGAUUAUUUUUCACCCUAUUAUUUUGAUUUCUUAUUCCCAAUUUCCAGAGAGGAGUGUCCAAAACGCUCCCGGGCCACAGGGGUGUGCGAUUUCCCGGGCCACAGGGGUUUGCAAAAAGGUGGUUAGCACGUUCUCAUACAGCUGGAAAAAGCAGAAGGCCCUGAUGACAGCACAGAAUGAACUAAGCCUGCCCCUGCACAAGCUCAUCACAGAAUCUCCGACAAGGUGGGGAUCUCGUCUGAAAAUGAUGGAAAGAGUCCUGGAGCAGGAAAAGGCCAUUACACAGGUCCUGGCAGGGGACAAAAAGACACGGCACCUUGUACCUACCUGGCAAGACAUCCAGGUCUUGGAAUCAGUCACAGCAGCACUGAAGCCACUCCAGGACUUUACAGAUGCCCUGUCAGGAGAAGCGUAUGUGAGCGUGUCCUAUUUGAAGCCUGUCAUCAAUCUGUUAAAUGCAGAGGUUCUAAAUCUGAGCAAGGACGAUACAGAACUGACCAAAGAGAUCAAGAUCAAGGUUCUUGAUUACUUGAAUAACAAGUACACUGACCCUGCAACAGAUGAGCUGCUCUCCAUGGCUACCUUUCUAGAUCCAAGGUUCAAGACCAGGUACAUGUCCGCUGAGAAACUGGAGGACAUUAAGGUGAGAGCUGCCUCAGAGACCGAAGCCCUCCUGGUGGAGAACACAGCCCUGGGAAAAUCGUCUCUUGCAGAGGAUCACACUGACAGGGAGAAAGAAGCUUCCACUGCUCAUCAAUCAGGCAAGAAGCCCAAGAAGAGCCUUGGGAGCUUCUUUAAGCAGACCAGCAGUGCACCUGCCUCAUGUUCAGAGAGGCAGAUCAUUGAGCAAGAGCUGAAUAGCUACAUUCUGGCAACGGCAGCAGACAGCGAGUCUGAUCCUUUGGAGUGGUGGCGAUUUCACGGAUCUAAUUUUCCACGUGUGAGUUGUCUGGCAAAGAAAUACUUAUGCAUCCCUGCACAAGUGCCCCCUCUGAGAGGGCAUUCAGCACUGGGGGCAAUGUGGUGA